AUGUCGUCAGAUUCUAAUACCCAGCGCUGUCUCCGCCCCAGACCCAAUCCAAAGUUAACAACCUCAACUGCACCUGACAGUACGGAUGAUUUUUUCCUCAUACGGCGAAAUGCUGCCUUGCCGCCACCCACCUCCAGUGCGGAGCCAUCUGCUGUGCCUGUGGCCCCCCUGAGACCUAAACGUGCUGCUGCACACAACUCGAAGAAGAAGGUUUCGCCCCGACGAUCCAACAUCCCUUCCCCUUCCACUCCCUCUUCUAAAAUUGUGCUGAAAAUCCCUCGUCGUCCACGCACCCACGCUGAGCUGAACGCGGCACCAGCUUCCCUUUCCUUGACCACUGCUGGUGAAUCCAGUUUCUGUGAGCCACCAUCGAAUCCUGAAGCUGGUGACUCCACUUGCCUUGACCCGCAACCCAAGAGCACCGAGGCCGAGCCGGACGCGGCACCAGCUCCUACUGCCCUUGACGAGCGUAAUCUCCAUAAAUCACAGCCAAACCCUGAAUCCAGUGAGCAGGUCAGCAGCGAGCCCGACACUACGGGUGGACCCAGUUGCCGUGGUCCGCUACUCAACAAUUUCGAGGCCAGCGAUCAGGCGACUCACCCUGUUGUCAGCACUGGCAGCCUCCCUAGCAGCCCAAUUGCCGAUAAUACUCCCCUUGUUGGCCAAACUGUUAAUGGCGAGGCUGGCGGGUUUGAUGAUGAUUCCAGAGAACUGAAUUUGAUUGGGGACCCCUCCGGGGUGAACGUGAAUUACCCAGAGCUUGAGGAUGUUGCGGCAGCCAAGAUGGAUCUGAUCAAUUCCUUUGAUGAUCCUGAGGCAGAUGUGUCUCCCCUAGUGGCUGGACGUUACUCAAAGGUGGAAAUUAAGGAGCUAGACGCUAUUUAUCAAUCCUUCCUGAUUUCCGUCAAUGACUGGGCUGAGAGUCGACAUCGCACCAUCACCUCCGCACUCAAUCAUAUCAGCCUUGCUUUUGCUACCCGUGAACGCCGUGCUUCGGGGAACCCAUGGAACGCAUACCUCGAACUCAACCCCAAUCCGGAUUCCAGCAUGCGUUAUGACCAGUACAUUCAGAACAUUGCUCGGCCCAACUAUAACAAGCUUACUCAGGAUCAUGGUGGAAAGGGCAGCCAGGGCUGGCAGGCUAAGGCGCAAGAAUUGAUCCAACUUCAGGACGCAAAGAAGCGGGAUAGCAUUUCAAUGAUCCGAGAUGAUGCCAAGGACCAGGGGGGAUGA